AUGUCUUCAACAGUACGUACCGUAGAAGAACUUAUUAAAGAGGCAAAUGAAGCUUUCCAGAAGAAAUUUGGAGUCAAGCCUAGGCUAGCGGCCAAGGCGCCCGGACGUGUCAACUUGAUCGGCGAACACACAGACUACAAUGAUGGAUACGUCUUCCCCAUGGCCCUGCCCAUGGUUACAGUUGUGGUUGGCAACCCGACGGAGUCUGGAGUAUGCAGAGUGGAGACACUUGCGGCUGGUGUCGAUCCCAGUUACACUGAGUUUCCACUGAAUGACCUCAAACCCGGAAGCCCCAAGUGGUGCAACUAUGUCAAGGGAGUGGCAGCUCAGAUGCCAGGCAAAAUCCCAUCCUUCGAUGCAGUCAUAGCUUCCUCAGUGCCUCUUGGUGGUGGAGUUAGUAGCUCUGCAUCUGUGGAAGUCGCAGUUUAUACAUUUUUAGAACAAAUUAUGGCCGAGCCAGACAUUGAGACAACGGUCACGGACAAGAUCUUGCGGUGUCAGAAAGCAGAACAUGAAUAUGCUGGCAUGCCGUGUGGUAUCAUGGAUCAGUUCAUUUCUGUGCUGGGCAAAGAAGGUCAUGCUUUGCUCAUAGACUGCAGGGCCAAAGAAGGCCGCCUGGUUCCCAUGUUGGACUCGUCUGUGGUUGUUCUGGUGACCAACUCCAAUGUGAAGCAUGAACUGACCGGUUCUGAAUACCCAACCAGGCGUAAACAGUGCCAGACUGCAGCCAAGAUCCUGGGUGUUCCAAGUUUGAGAGACGCCACCGAGCUUGAACUUGAGAGAAAGAAAGAGGAGCUGGAUGAGGAGACAUAUCGCCGGGUCAGGCAUGUGGUGUCUGAGAUUCGGAGAACAGUUGAUGCUGCAGCUGCCCUGGAGAAUGGAGACUAUAACACCUUUGGAAACAUGAUGGUGGCCAGUCAUAACUCUCUGAGAGAUGAUUACGAAGUCUCCUGCAAAGAACUGGAUCAGUUAGUGGAGUAUGCCAUGGAGAUGAAACCACACGGAGUCUACGGGUCCAGAAUGACAGGAGGGGGCUUUGGGGGUUGUACCGUGACCUUGUUGAAAGCCACAGCUGUAGAUAAAGUCAUUGACCAUAUACAUAAAAAAUACAGCUCACUUGGAAACAAAGCAACGUUUUUUGUGUGUCCACCUUCGGAUGGAGCUAGCAAGAUAAGUCUUUGA